CUACCAUUAAAAUUAUAGACUGAUCCUUUCUUUGUCAGUGGGCAAACGUACAAAAUCAGCAGGGGAUCAAAUACUUUUUCCCCCCACUGUAUCAACCCCUACACAAAAUGUCAGUUAAUUAUAAUCUACAUAAUAAUUCACAUUUCCUAUUGCUUCAGGAUUAUUUUCCUGCUGUAGCAAACUGGCUCAAAUAAAGCAGUUUCAAAGGUCCACCAAUCUCUCUGUCCCUCUUUCUCUCUCGCUCUCUCUGUCUCUCUCUGUCUGUCUCUCUGUCUCUCAAUUCAAUUCAAAGGGUUUUAUUGGCAUGGGAAACAUAUGUUAACAUUGCCAAAGCAAGUGAGGUAGAUAAUAUACAAAAGUCAAAUAAACAAUAAAAAUGAACAGUAAACAUUACACUCGCAGAAGUUCCAAAAGAAUAAAGACAUUACAAAAGUCAUGUUAUGUGUAUAUAUACAGUGUUGUAACGAUAUACAAAUGGUUAAAGUACAAAAGGGAAAAUAAAUAAGCAUAGAUAUGGGUUGUAUUUACAAUGGUGUUUGUUCUUCACUGGUUGACCUUUUUUUGUGGCCACAGGUCACAACUAUUGCUGCUGUCAUGGCAGACUGUGGUAUUUCACCCAGUAGAUAUGGGAGUUUAUCAAAAUCUGGUUUGUUUUAAAAUUCUUUGUGGAUCUGUGUAAUCUGAGGGAAAUAUGUGUCUCUAAUAUGGUCAUACAUUGGGCAGGAGGUUCUCUCUCUCUGUCUCUCUCUGUGUCUCUGUUUCUGUAGGCUGGUGAUUGUGGUAGACAUGUCUAUGAUGAUCCCUGGCUUCUCUCUCCACAUCCAGCAUUCCCUCAGGGUGCUACUGGAGGAGCAGCUGGCCAACAAACACAGUUUCAACAUCAUCGCGCAACGGUGUCUUCAUAUGUGUCAGAGUGCUGCAGUGGCCGGCCUCUACGUCUCCACAUCUGUCUGUUGACUGGAGAGGAGACAGAGGGACAGACAGAGGCACAGACUCACCAUGCCACCAGGGAGGAGACUGCGGGGGCACUGAGGGAACUGGCACAAGCUGGCAACGGACGCUUCCACUGGAUCAGUGAGACAGGCAUCCUGGAGAGCGAUGACAUCACUGCUCUGAUUGGAGAGAUGGAGAGGGUUGCUAAUUAUUGGCAGAAGAGCGCCAUGAUGGUGAACUCCCUGACCCAGAAGUCUGACUAUAGGUGCCCAGGGGAGGAUCUCUCUCCUGGGCACAAAGCUCCGGCCAAGUCCCCCCUGGCCUGGAGAUGCAGAGACAGACCACAGCCCCCACCGCGACCCACUGCACUCACCCUCGCCAGGCUGCAAAUGAAGGAAGGCCGAACAAACGAGCAUUCCUCCUCUCAGAAGGCUCACGCAUGGCGUCCCAGCAGUGCCACAUCUGCUAUCCCACCGGUACAGCCCAUGACUGGUUGGGGUCCAGUAGAGACUAAAGCCAAACAGAGGAAGCCUUCUCAGGUCUCCCGGUCUGUGUUCUACCUGGAAGAUGGUAACUUGUGUGUGGUGUUCAAGUCUUACCCCAAACCUAAAAGUGUCCGAAAGUCCAUCCCCUUAGUGACUCUGCCAAAGCAGGAAGAGAUCUGCUCGACCAAACGGUGGCUGAAGAGGUUCAGUAUUAAGAGGCAGAAGCUUGACAUCUAUAAGCUGGUGUCUGGACCUGACUGUACUCAUCAUAAGAAGCUGGUCCCCUCGGUCCUCAAGAGAGAGUCUGCCAAAUACUGCUCCAUCUUCCCCAGUGUCCACAUCAACGGGAGUCAGAGGAGAAUGGCUUCAAUAACAUAUUUUGGCAUGAAUACAAAUUAA